AUGGCGGUUACAGAUGUAGUCAAGGCUUCAGGGCCAAAGUACCAGCUAGAUACCAGUCAGGUACUCCGCGCAUCGACUGCCCUCCUCUCGCACAUCCGGGCAGAAGACCAGCGCAAGGCGGCCAGCUCGACGGUCAAGAAGCUCCCCCUGGGCGAUGACGACAGCGACGAUGAACCCACAGACAACUCGCCCAUCUGGCUCAUCCUCACCACCAAGAAGCAUCUCGUCGACAAGAACAGGAUGAAACCGGGCAAGCUCACCGUGCCGCACUCGCUCAACCCUUCUCCCACCCUCAACGUCUGCCUCAUCACCGCAGACCCCCAGCGCGCGGUCAAGGAUACCAUUGCGGACCCCCUUUUCCCCCGCGAGCUAGCGGCCAAGAUAACACGGGUCAUCGGCUUCUCUAAACUACGAGAUAGAUACAAGUCGUUCGAGAGCAGGAGACAGCUACUCUCCGAACAUGACCUGUUCCUCGCAGACGACCGCAUCAUACUCCGCCUCGUCAACACGCUGGGUAAAAUCUUCUUCAAGUCGUCGAAGCGGCCGAUCCCCGUGCGACUGGAGGAGAUCCAAAAGGUAGACGGCAAGCGUGUCAAGGCAGCGGAUAAGAAGAGGCCGCCCACUGAUGAAAAGGUCGCAUCGGUCGCGGCGCCGGGUAUAGUGGCCAAGGAGAUCGAGAAGGGGAUCGCUUGUGUUCCUGUCAACCUGUCUCCUGCCGCCACUGCCGCCCUGCGCGUCGGAUGGUCCAAUUGGCCGGCAGAGAAGCUGGUGGAGAACAUCAGCGCGGUGGUCGAGGGGAUGGUGGACAAGUACGUUUCGCGUGGAUGGCGGAAUAUGAAGGCCGUGCAUGUUAAGGGGGCCAACACCGCUGCCAUGCCCGUGUGGCUGGCGGACGAGCUCUGGCUGGAAGACGGAGACGUCAAGGAGAACGAGAAGAAGGAUGAAGAGGGUGUCAAGGGCAAGAAGAGGAAGAGCAUUGAGGGCACGGCGGCCGAAGAGGGUGGCAAGACGGCGAAAAAGUCGAAGCUGCUUACCGAUGGGAAGGCAGAGGAAGAAGAGGAAGAGCUCCAGAGAAAGGCGAAACUGAAGGCUCAGAAGGCCAAGGCCGUUGCAAAGGUCGAUGGAGAUGCUCCUCUGCUGCCAGCAAAGGCCAUCUCCAAGAAACCUAGGACCAAGCUGGCGAAGAUGAAGGCUGCUUGA